AGAGUCACAUGACAGCAAUCAUAUGACUGAUUCGGUUUUAGGACAGGUGCAGUAGAUUUCUAUUUUCGAAGAAGUUUAAGACAUUGAAUUAGAAUUACAGUAUAACAUCACGCUCAGCCAGUCAAACCUAGAUUCUUCAACUAAGCCAGAAACAAAAUAGACUUGCCACCAUGCUGAAGUCAGCCCUUGUCUUGUUGUGUGUGGGCUAUGCCAUAGCUGGGCCAACGUACAUGAAGUAUUUUAAGAUAGAACCCUCCAUGAAGGUGGCAGACUUGAAAGCUCCUGCCUACCCUGACCAUGGGGUCAACAAGCUUGGGGACGCUGCUGGGGCCGUGUACAAACUUUCCUAUGCUGACUACCAGGACACAUGGCUCAGUUUUAAGGCCACUCAUGACAAGAAGUACAGCAGUGAGGAGGAAGAGAGGAAGAGAUAUGGCAUCUUUAUGGAGAACAUCAACUUCAUUGAGUCCCACAACUGGAAGUAUCACAACGGCCAUUCCACCUUCUACAUGGAUGUCAACCAGUUCACUGACCUGACCAAUGAAGAAUACAGGCAGCUGAAUGGAUUUUUCAGCAACCGCACCAAGCCCAAUCGCAACUGCAAUGAAUAUCACCCCUCCUCCAAGACAGUGGCAGACAGCAUUGACUGGAGAAGUGAGGGAUAUGUCACACCAAUUAAAAACCAGGGACAAUGUGGCUCCUGCUGGUCCUUUAGCACUACGGGGUCAGUGGAGGGCCAGUGGUUCAAGAAGAGUGGGAGCCUGGCGGUCCUGUCUGAGCAACAGCUGGUGGACUGCUCCAGCCAGUUUGGUGACCAGGGCUGUAACGGGGGACUCAUGGACUACGCCUUUGAGUACAUCAUUAACGCUGGUGGCCUGGAGGCUGAAGAUACCUACCCAUAUGAGGCUGUGGACGACACCUGUCGCUUUGAGAAAGAUAAAGUUGUGGCCACCAUCAGUGCUUGCUCCGAUGUAGUCCCACAAGAGAGUGAAGACGCUUUAAAAAUUGCAGUAGGAAACAUUGGACCUGUGUCUAUUGCUAUUGAUGCCAGUGGCUCAUCAUUCCAGUCUUACAGAGGGGGUGUCUACAACAACCCAGACUGUAGCCAGACACAGUUGGACCAUGGAGUUUUGGCUGUAGGCUAUGGCAGCAAGAAUGGUCAGGACUUCUGGAUUGUCAAAAACAGCUGGGGUACAAGCUGGGGAGAUAAAGGCUACAUCCUGAUGGCCAGAAAUAAAGAUAACCAGUGUGGUAUAGCUACAGCUGCCAGCUUCCCUGUUGUUUAAACAUUCCAUGGUACAAGUGUUUGAUUAUAUUGAUGAGUACAAUAUUUCUUCUCUUGGUACAAGUGUUUGAUUAUAUUGAUGAGUACAAUAUUUCUUCUCAUGGUAGAAAUGUUUGAUCAUAUCAUUAUUUCUAUCUGCUCUGUGUUUUGAAAUCAAGAUUCAGCUGAAGUCAGGUUCUAUUUUGUGCAACUUUUUAGAAUAGUCUGCUGCUUACUGACAUGCUUGAAAAUAACUUUUUUAAAAUUCUCUAAAAUAAAAAUGUACCAAGAAAAUUAAAUCCGUUUUUAUCAGCUUAAAAAUAUCAAUUUUUAAAAAAAUAAUGUCAUUUUCUUCUUUACAGCAAAGAGAUCUGUUUAUAUGCUCAUAAAAAUGUUUUACAUCAAAAUUAUUGUGAUUAUAUUUAAGUAUUCUGAAUACAAACAAUUCAGAAUAGCUUUUGUGUGGAGUGCCUUUGGCACCAACAAGUAGUUUUACAAACUGUGUGUAUAUAAUUUACAUUUAUCACAUUUUCCAUGCCUUGUUCUAAUAAUAUAAUCUCCAGCCUAUGGCACUCAAUGUUUCAAAAAAGAAAGAUCUGCGUGCUUUUUUUUGUGUGGUUUAAGGGUAUUUUUUUAUUUCAAGUCACAAGCCCUGCUUUUUCAUCAAGUUUUUUAUUGCUACGUCUCUGUGCCUUCAGUGGGCUAAGAUUUAUGCAGCUGAGACAAUACAAAAAUGUUUUGACAUCAAUACAACUAGUUCUAAAGCUACCUAUUGUGUUAAAAUGAAGACAUCAAAUAAUAAAAUUGUUUGAUACAAUGUGUUGUAACAUUUUUAGAUAUUUCUUACACAAAUAUUGUUUGUAUUUGAAUCAGUGAGCAUUUCAAUGUGAUGUUCCUGGUUCAGAUAGUUGAGAACUGAGUGUCAUAAUAUUGAUUUGUUACAUGUGUGAGACUGACAAUAAAUAGUGUUAUUCAA